AAAGAAACUAGAAAGCAAUCUGUCACUUUCCAUGAGUUCAAACUUCCUCUGCAAUUCUGCAAAAUCCCUGUUUCUGCCUCUACCAUCGACUAUCCAUCACAGCCAAGCCCUCUUCGCCAAGACUCCUAGCCCACCUCGGUCAAGUUUCAUUGCAAAACCAUACCAACCCGAUACUCGCGGACAGGUUCUGCUUGCUUGGCAUAUGCACACAAGCUCUCAUCAUUCAGCUUGACAGGCAUUUUAGCUCCCAGAUUCCUUGACAUCCUCCUCACGUUCAAUUGGCGUGACGUAGGGCUUGGCAUACUCAACUUGAGUGAGAGGAGUUACUUUUCUUUGAUCGCGUGCUCUCUUCUCAUUCUCAUAUCUACAUAUCUCUCACAGUGUUUGAGAAAGACGUCCAGAUUCUACCCUAUAUCACAAUCAAUAUCAUCCUAGUAUUAUCAGACAACAUGGACUUCAUCAACAAAUUCACCGGCGACAACAACCAAGAACAGAAUCAAUCUCAAAACCAGCAAACCAACCAGCAACAAAGCUCCUCCCAGCAAGGCGGAGGGAUGUUCAGCGGUCUCGGAGAUAAGCUGAACUCAGCAGCAGGCGGAGGACGAGAGAGCGAGAAGAACGAAGAUAUGCUGGACAAAGGCAUUGAUUUCGUGCAAGAGAAAUUCAUGGGACAAGGACAGCAGGAUAAUGAGUCUGCGGUGGAGCAAGCGAAGGAUGAACAGAUUUCGGACUUUAUUAGGAAGCAGUAUAAGGGUGCGACGGGGUCGGAUGUUCCGAUUAAGGACAAGGAAACGAGGUUUGGUUGAGGUUCGGGUUGAUAUGCUUGGGUUAGAAGGAUAUUCCGAUGUGGAAUUCAGAGGAGAUGGGGUGAGACCCUCAGGCAUAUCAUGGCUUUUGCACUACUCCUCGAUGCAAGUGAUGUUGUAGUUGACAUGAAGACCACGCUUCCAAGAAAGGAAAUUCCUUCGCGUCAGCAGAUCGUUGAAUGUGGUGAGAAAAGAAAGUAGAAUGCAUAUCAUUCAUCGGUAUCCUUUUCUUCACCUUCAUCCGACCUUACAAUUAGUUUAGCGAG